CUUAUCCCAAUCCUGCUAUGCAACCCCUCCUCCACGUGGGGCCGCCCCAGGCGGCAAUUUCCCAAGAUGAUCUAUGGGCUGAGUUGGAACAGCCUCUGAUGCUCGACCACGAACAGCGGCUGGAACUUGAAAAUCGCCUUUCUUUUCACUUAUUUGGAAGAGCUAAUGCAUUUGAUCAAGAUCUUAUCGAUAAGCAACUGGACGUAGAGAAAAAGAUGGAGAGCGCUCUACGUCGAGAUGGAUAUAGUCAGGAGAGCAUUUUAUUUAAUUGA